AUGGGGCCAACAACAGGGGCCAUACCGCGCCCCCUCCAUCCCUUCCCUCGCUCGCCGUGGAGCGGGCUGAGGGCGAGGCUUUCUCCCCGGCCGCAAGGCAAAGCCAGGCCUGCCUCGCAGGUUCGGGCCGCCGUUCUAGGCGAGACCGUUAAGCGAGCGGGAGGACAAGCGGCGGAGGAAGCGCUAAGCCGCCCGCGAGCCAUGAGACUCCGACUGGGGCUGCUCCUCCUCAGCGCCGGCCUCUUGACGGGCCUGGAUUGUCAAAAGAUUUUGCAUAUCACAUAUCCACAGAAGAUACCAUCCAACAUAACUGAGGAUAACCUAGGAGAAGAUGAGAGCAUACAGACCUAUAUUAUUACAAUAAAUAAGAAGAAGUACACAGUUCAUCUGAAGCAACAAACAUUUUUGCCAAAUGACUUUAUGGUUUAUACAUACAACCAAGGGGGCUUUGUGCAUCCUAAUUUCCCGAAUGUUCAGAAUGAAUGCUUCUAUCAAGGCUAUAUUGAAGGUUUCCCCAAUUCUGUUGCAAUACUCAGCACCUGUUCAGGGCUCAGAGGGCUGCUGCAGUUUGAGAAUGUCAGCUAUGGAAUUGAGCAUUUGGAAUCCUCAAGCACGUUUGAGCACCUCAUUUAUCAAAUCAACAACAAAAACAUCAAGAGCCCGCUAUGGACAGGAGAUUUCACACAUGGGGACAGUCAAGUGCAGGAUGAAAACCUGUCUUAUAAGCUGCAAUCGGAUACUAUCCCACUGACAGAUAUCACUAAAGUGCACAGAUACAUAGAAAUGUAUAUCGUUUUGGACAAGGAUUUGUACAACUAUUUGGGUGGAAGCCACAAUGAAGUAACCCAGAGCAUAGCACAGCUUAUCGGCUUUGUCAACAGUAAAUUUUCUAACCUUAACAUCACAGUUGUUCUCUCCUCUGUGGAGUUCUGGACAGACCAGAAUAAGAUCUCUACAGCUGGGGAGCCUAAUGAGUUACUACAACGGUUUUUACAAUGGAAAAAUUCAUACCUUGUUCUACGGCCUCACGACCUGGCAUUUUUGUUUGUUUACAGGGAGAGGCCAAAUUACGUCGGAGCGACCUUCACGGGAAAGCUGUGCCUCCGGAAUUUUGAUGCAGGAGUUGCUCUGUACCAGAAGUCUGUAACAAUGGAGACGUUUUCUGUCAUCGUGGCGCAACUGCUGGGCCUCACCUUGGGGAUGGAAUAUGAUGAUGGCAAAAAGUGUAGGUGUCCAGGACCCAUCUGUAUAAUGAACACUGCAGCGGUACAUUCAAAUGGAAUUAAAGCCUUUAGCAGCUGCAGCAUUGAAGACUUCCAGAAUUUCAUUAAGUUCAAGACACCCCAUUGCCUUUCUAAUCGGCCUAAUUUAAAAUUGUACUAUAAGAAAACUGGAACAAAAAAACCAGCUUGUGGGAAUGGUAUUCUGGAGCCUGGAGAGAAGUGUGAUUGUGGUUCAGUUGAGAAAUGUAAGCACAGUAAAUGUUGUGCCAGCACAUGCAGGUUUCUAAGCGGAGCCGUGUGCAGUAAUGAACCAUGCUGUCAAGACUGUAUGUUUAAACCAAGAAACUCCAUAUGUAGAACAGCAGUCGAUGACGCUUGUGAUUUCCCGGAGUACUGCAAUGGGAGUUCGGCCUCCUGCCCUUACAAUGUCCAUGUCCAAAACGGUUUCAGGUGUGCCUCCAACACGGGCUUCUGUUAUGGCGGAUUCUGUCAGUCACCUGAUUUGCAGUGUCAGGACCUCUUUGGUAAAAAGUCAAAAAAUGCUCCGCACUCAUGUUAUGAAGAAAUUAAUGGUCAGACAGAUAGAUUUGGACACUGCGGGACUGAUCCAAGAAAGGGAUUUAAGACAUGUUCUUUUCGGAAUAUCAGAUGUGGAAAGUUAAUUUGCUCAUAUCCAUACACAACGCCUUUUACUAAAAUGAAAGUUCCUGUCCUGUAUACUCCAGCGAAAGAUACUACCUGUAUAUCUUUGGACCUUAAACAGCCAGAAGGUACCCCGGACCCUAUGCUGGUGAAAGACGGUACCAAAUGUGGAGUUGAAAAGGUAUGUAUGAAACAAGCAUGUGAAAAAUAUAGCAUCCUGAAAUACGAUUGUGAUCCUGAGAAAAAAUGCUCUGGGCACGGACUGUGUAACAACAAAAAGAAUUGCCACUGCGAUCCGGGAUGGGCUCCCCCAAAUUGCAAAACUAAAGGAACCUCCUUGGGAGGAAGCGUUGACAGCGGGCUUCGCAUUCUGGAAUCUGAUCUUACAGAAAGAGCCGCAGAAGAGAGCAUGCGAACGUGGAUACUGCUAAGCAUAUUUCUUUUUCUCCCCGUCGCAAUUGGAUCAGCGGUCCUGGCUGUCAAGCGGAAGCGAAUCAGCAAGUACUGCGCAGAAGAGCAGGACUCGCAAGACGAUACCGAGUAA